AGAAUCGCAGCCGCAGUUGGGAAGCAUAAGCACGGACAAAGCAGCCCGCGUUGAGUGCACCGGUGCACACGCCGAACCCAAGAACACACACACACUGCAGUCCGCCGCCGCCAUGAGGGAUUACACCGACGCCAACAACAAGGCGGCCACCGCCAGAAACAAGCGGCCAAAACCCACCGUUAAGGAGCGUUUGCAAGACCUGGUAUUGAGCACAGAACAGGUGCUCGAGAUCAAGAGCAAAUUGAAUCACGAGAUCGAGCGAGGCCUCGGCAAGGACACGCACGCUUCCUCCUCUGUCAAGUGCUUCAUCACCUAUGUUCAGGACCUGCCCAAUAGCAAAGAGAGAGGAAAGUUUCUCGCCCUUGACUUGGGAGGCACCAACUUCCGAGUGCUUCUCAUCACCCUGGCCGAGGGCUCGCACUUUCACAUGGACUCCAAAAUCUACGCUGUGCCCAAGGACAUCAUGCUCGGACCUGGCACUGGGCUGUUUGAUCACAUUGCCGAGUGCUUAGCCGAUUUCAUGAAGGAGUACGACGUGUACAAAGAGAAGUUGCCCCUGGGCUUCACCUUCAGCUUCCCCUGCGUGCAGGAGGGACUCACCAAGGCCCGUUUGUCCACCUGGACCAAAGGCUUCAAGUGCGAGGGAGUUGAGGGCAAUGAUGUGGUCCAGUUGCUCAAGGACGCCAUUGCUAGGCGCGGGGAUGUUGCAAUAGAUGUGUGUGCCGUGCUAAACGACACCACGGGCACUCUUAUGUCCUGUGCUUGGUGCAGGAAUAACUGCAGACUUGGUCUCAUUGUUGGCACUGGCAGCAACGCCUGCUACUUUGAAAAACUGGAGAACGUGCAAUUGUGGGACGGACCGACUGAAGGUGUCCCUGACCAGGUCAUCAUCAACACCGAGUGGGGCGCGUUCGGUGACAACGGCGUCUUGGAGAACAUUUUCACGGAGUACGACAGGACCAUUGACAAAGAGUCCAUCAACCCCGGAAAACAGCUCUUUGAGAAAAUGAUCUCGGGCAUGUACAUGGGCGAGCUGGUUCGCCUGGUCCUCGUGAAACUGACCCAGGAAGGUCUUCUCUUCGGAGGAAAGUGCUCAGAUGUGCUCCUUGAAAAGGGCAGCUUUUACACAAAAUAUGUCUCGGAAAUUGAAAGUGAUAAACAGGGAGAGUACCACAGCUGCACGCAGGUGCUUGAGGAGCUGGGUCUGGCCGGCGUGGCCAGCGAUACCGACCUGGCCAACGUAAGGAUAGUCUGCGAGCUUGUCUCUCGGCGGGCCGCUCAUUUGACCUCUGCCGGAGUGGCCUGUCUGCUUGACCGAAUGGGCGAGAAGGACGUGACAGUGGCUGUUGACGGCUCCGUCUACCGAUUCCACCCUCACUUCCACCACCUCAUGAUGGACAAAAUCGCAGAGCUCAUUGACCCCUCCAUCAAGUUUGACCUGAUGCUGUCUGAAGACGGUAGUGGGCGAGGGGCCGCCCUGGUGGCGGCCGUGGCUUGCAGAGAUCGGUGAAUUGGCCGCCGGCCGGCAUUCUGUACAUAUAGAGACAUCGCAGAUAGCAAGAAUAAAAAAACGUUGUGUACACAUGGCACAGCACAGCCAACAUAGACUGAUUUACAGAAAAAAGCAGCAGGAGAGAAUAAUAACUUUGCCGUACUUAUGCAGGAAAGAAAAUAAUCACAACACUGAAAUAUCAAAUCUGAUUUUAAAACAUUAUUACUUGUGGGGAUCUUUGUGUACUUAAACGCGAGCAAUAAUUGCGAGGCGGGUGUUCUCAUUUAGGCCUAUGUACACAAUGACUCGAGGGAGGAAAAAGAAGCAGUGUGCGAAGAAAAAACUGUCGCGAAACUCUUUGCUGUGCCAUUUUUGUUAGAGUCGUAAGUCCGAGUGCAGAGAAAAGUCCUCAUUCCAUUUCAAAAAAGAAAUGUCAAAAAAGCAAGUUUAAACUUAUUGUUAAUGUUUUGAAAUGAAGUUAUAAUAUUUAUAGUGCAAGGCUCUGGUAGUUUUUGCACGCGAUCUUCACAGAGAAAGGAGAGUGGCCUCUUGAUUCAUCCCUCUCCUUUCUUGCAGAAGUUGAAAUUGUAACAUUUUUUGUCUAGAGAUGAGUUAAACAAUAUUUAAAAGCAAGCUUGCCUGCAAUCAAGUUGAAACUUAGGGGCUUAGGGGUGAUUUUUUCAUAUAUUGGUUAAUUUUAACAGCAGGAUUUUUAACAAAUGGAGAUGAGAAUAAUUUUGUGUCAUUUUUAACAAUGUGAUAAAAUUUUAAUUGGUUGAUAUUUUGCUUCUGUAUGAGAUGAUGAUUUUAUAGCACGUCUUAAACGUGGUUGAUUUUUUUUCAAUUUCUAUGUAUUUUCAAAAUUUGGCCAAAAUAUAUUUGUUCAAUAUUUUCUAUCAUUUUGAAAAAUUAUUAGUGCUUCAGAGUGAUAAACUUAUACUUAUUGUAAAAACUAGAAGCACAUUUUGAAUAGAAAAAUAUAGUCGAAUUAAAAAAAAUGUUAUGGGAAAAAGAACUAAAAUUGUGUUAAAGUAUUUACACGUGAGGGAGCACACACAUCAUGCAGUUGUUAUCAAAUCAUAAAAAUAAUCAGGAGACCUAUAAUUUAAAUCAGUUUGCUAUUUUUUUUGCAUUCGAAAUUUUCAAAAUAUAAUUAAUUAAAAUGGGAAAAUUCAGAUAUGUUUCAUAAAUAUUGAAAAAAGUAGCAGAUGCCAUUGUCUUCAAAUCAUUUAAAAUGUGAAUAUAUUUUUUUAUGUAGUUGAUACGUCAUUUUCACGCAAUCAAUCUUGAUUAUUUAAUUUGAUCAAUAUAAGCAACAACAUCAACAAAAACUACGCGUGUACAGACAUGGAAUGAGAUGCAUCA